AUGCCGCGCAUUCAGCCGUCUUUAUUGCGGCGUGCUAAUCGCCUCUCGCCGCACCUUGCAAACCUCUUACCGGCGUGUCGAGAUCUAGCAUCAGCUCAGAAUGAACUACGAUGGAUAAAGAGUCAUGUGGAUGAAACAUGGUCCAAGAGGAAAUUAUGGCAUCUAGAUGACCUUUGUCGAAAAAGAGGGCGCGGCGUGCCUCUGCAGUAUGUUUUGGGUUCUCAGCCAUUUGGCGCUCUCGACAUCAAGUGUAAACCCGGUGUUUUGAUACCCAGACCAGAAACUGAAGCAUAUACUUUUCAUCUGGCAAACCUUGUCAAGUCAGGACAGCUGCUAAGUCGGCACGUAAGGGAAAGCGGAGACGGUGUUAACUUAAUCGACUUCUGCACAGGAACUGGCUGUAUUCCGCUUGGCUUCUUCUCAUCCCUUCAGCACUCAGUCAAGAAUAUGACUGUGAGGGGAGUGGAUAUUUCUCCCGUGGCUCUUCGACUCGCGCAGGAAAAUAUUGCCCGGAAUGUCGAGCUUCAAACCUUGAUCAAGCCAACCAGAAACAAGAGGCUUGACAUCACGACAGCAAAUGUCUUUAGUGACAGCGAUAUGCAACAGCUCGCCGUUACCCGCUGGGAUAUCCUUGUAUCUAACCCUCCGUACAUCUCGGAGGAUGUCUGGCAUCAUGGUCGUGGACAACUCGGAUAUUCAGUUCGAAAAUAUGAACCACGUCUCGCAUUAGUACCGACUAACAACCUUCCUUGUCCGAGUGGAUGCAACGCAGCGGAUGUUUUUUAUGCUCGGCUUUUGGACAUAUCGGAACUCUUAAAGCCGACAGUAGUACUCCUUGAAAUUGGCGAUGAGGACCAGGCCCGUCGUGUACUGCAGCUGUAUUUUCCCCAUCCAAUUGCACAAAGCUCAAGAGUCGAAAUUUGGCGUGACUGGCCUGAUUUGGAAGGGACAGAGGAUUCGGAGUUCACUGUGGUUGAAGAGUCCAAGGGUGAGAAAUAUCAAGUCCCAGUGAAAGGUGACGGUCGCAUACGGUCUCUUCUAAUUCGCAGAUUGGACGAGGCUUAA